GGAGAAGAAAGAGACCCAAAGAGAGUGAGCGAGACGGAGGAGAGACACAGAGAAACUGUUGUGGUUUGGUCGUCCUCCCUGUGGGCUCCCUAGAGGAACAAAGGGAUUCAUAGAGGGACAGGAAGGAGGAGGAGAAGAGAGGGACUGUAUGCAGCGCGGAGGAGUGUGAUUUUGACACCUGCCCUGCUUCAUGUCACUGCACUGGAGGAGGAUUACCUGUCCUUUCACACCUACACACGCACACACACACACAGUCAUGGGUGACAUACCUGUGGGAGUGUGUGUGUUUGGCUGUGUGUCUGUGUGAGGGAAAGAGAGAGAGUGUGGUGUGUAUAUCCUGCUCUCCUUGGGAGUGUAGGUUGUUGUUGGGAGUGUGUGUGUGUUUGAGACAGAGAUGGAGGCUCUGCUGAUGGCUCUGGAGGAGGUGGUGUGUGAGAGACAGGGUGUGUUGUGGGAUCUCACGUCCACUGCUCUGAGCCGGUGGCGACACACACACCUGCGAGCUUUUCAUCUGUUCCCUGGCGCCAGGUGUGUGCCACGAGCCGUCUAUCAGAUGACGGAGGGGCGACGAUGUCAGGUCCAUCUCCUGGAUGACAGGAAGCUGGAGCUCCUAGUGCAGCCCAAGCUGAUGGCCAAGGACCUGCUGGACCUGGUGGCGUCCCACUUCAACCUGAAGGAGAAGGAGUACUUUGGGAUCGCGUACACAGACGAGACGGGUCACUUCAGCUGGCUGCAGCUGGACAGGCGUGUGCUGGAGCACGAGUUCCCUAAGAAGUCUGGACCCAUCAUCCUCUACUUCUGCGUAAGGUUCUACAUUGAGAGUAUAUCCUACCUGAAGGACAAUGCUACCAUCGAGCUCUUCUUCCUCAAUGCAAAGUCUUGCAUAUAUAAGGAGCUGAUUGAGGUGGACAGUGAGGUAGUCUUUGAGCUGGCCUCCUACAUUCUCCAGGAGGCGAAAGGAGACUUUAGCAGUAACGAUGCCACGAGGGGUGACCUGAAGAAGCUGCCCGCUCUGCCCACGCAAGCUCUCAAAGAGCACCCGUCACUGGCCUACUGUGAGGACCGAGUCAUUGAGCACUACAAGAAGCUGAGCGGUCAGUCCAGGGGCCAGGCCAUUGUGAACUACAUGAGUGUAAUGGAGUCCUUGCCCACAUAUGGAGUGCAUUACUAUGCUGUAAAGGACAAGCAGGGCAUCCCGUGGUGGCUGGGCCUCAGCUACAAGGGCAUCUUCCAGUACGACUACCAGGACAAGGUCAAACCCAGGAAGGUGUUCCAAUGGAGGCAACUGGAGAACCUCUAUUUCAGAGAGAAGAAGUUCUCCGUUGAAGUGCACGAUCCCAGAAGCAGGGCGUCGGUGACCCGAAGGACCUUUGGUCACAGUGGCAUCGCCGUGCACACCUGGUACGCCUGCCCUGCACUCAUCAAGUCCAUCUGGGCUAUGGCUAUUAGCCAGCACCAGUUUUACCUGGACCGCAAACAGAGCAAGUCUAAGAUCCAUGCGGCGCGCAGCCUGAGUGAGAUCGCCAUAGACCUGACCGAGACGGGCACCCUGAAGACCUCAAAGCUGGCCAACAUGGGCAGCAAGGGAAAGAUCAUCAGUGGCAGCAGUGGCAGCCUGCUGUCCUCUGGCUCCCAGGAGUCGGACAGUUCUCAGACGGCUAAGAAGGACAUGCUGGCGGCCUUGAGGGCACGGCAGGACGCCCUGGAGGAAACGCUUCGCCAGCGACUAGAGGAGCUCAAGGGCAUCUGCAUCAGAGAGGCCGAGCUGACGGGCAAGCUGCCCAAGGAGUACCCACUAGAGCCGGGAGAGGAGCCGCCAGCGGUGCGGCGGAAGAUUGGCACGGCCUUCAAGCUGGACGAGCAGAAGAUCAUGCCCAAGGGAGAGGAGGAGGAACUGGAGCGUCUAGAGCGUGAGUUUGCCAUCCAGUCCCAGAUCACGGAGGCGGCGCGUCGACUGGCCACUGACCCGCAUGUCAGCAGCAAGAAGCUGAAAAAGCAGCGCAAGACCUCCUACCUCAACGCCCUCAAGAAGCUGCAGGACAUCGAGAACGCCAUUAAUGAGCACCGCAUCCGCUCCGGCAAGAAGCCCACGCAGAGGGCUUCACUCAUCAUCGAGGAAGCAAAUAUUGGAUCAGAGGACAGCUCUUUGUCUGACGCUCUUGUGCUAGAUGAUGAUGACGCCCAGACCACUGGCACCCCCACCUUCUCCCUGCCUCCCCCACAAGGCCUGCCUCCUGACGCCCUCGCUGGCAGCCCCCCUCCACCACAGUCCCUGGAGGGCCUCCGGCACCUGCACUACCAGCGCACCGACUACGACAAGUCCCCCAUCAAGCCCAAGAUGUGGAGUGAGAGCUCCUUGGACGAGCCCUACGAGAGGGUCAAGAAACGCUCCUCACACUCCAGCAGUCACCGGCGGUUCCCCAGCACGGGCAGCUGUACUGAGGCAGGGGGCAGUAAUUCUCUGCAGAGUAGCCCCAUCAGGAGCCUCCCCCAGUGGAGCUCCCAGUCCAGCAUGCCCUCUACCCCAGACUUGAGGACCAGAGGGCCCCACUAUGUCCACUCCACCAGGUCAGUGGACAUCAGCCCUACACGGCUGCACAGUCUGGCUCAGCACUUCCGUCACCGCAGUUCCAGCCUGGAAUCCCAAGGCAAGCUGCUGGGCCUGGAGGCCGAGGCGGGGGCCUCGUCGCCGGACCUUUGCCCACACACGCCGGGCACCAACGGCUCCGACCCGCUGGACGACUGCUCGUCCUGCACCAGCCAGUCCAGCUGCGAGCACUUCUACACGUCGGGCGCCGGCGUCGGCUCGUCGUCGGCCGGGGGCGUCGGACACGGCGGCCACGCCAACUACUCCACGCUGGCCGAGGACUCGCCGUCCAAGGCGCGGCAACGCCAGCGCCACCGCUCCGCCGGCCACCUGGGCAGCUCCAACUCGGGCAGCAUGCCCAACCUGGCGGCGGCGCGUGGCGGUGGUGGGGGCUGCGUCGGGGCGGGCGGCUCGGGGUCCGGCGGCGCGCUGGCCGGCGCUCAGCACGGCGUCUACAUGAGCAGCCAGAGCCAGCCCUCGUCACAGUACCGCAUCCGUGAGUACCCGCUGUACGUGGACGGUGGCAGCCCGGCCGGCGUGGUGGUGCGCAGCCUGGAGAGUGACCAGGAGGGCCACUACAGCGUCAAGGCCCAGUUCAAGACGUCCAACUCGUACACGGCCGGCGGCAUGUACAAGGACAGCUGGGGCGGAGAGGACGGAGAGGGCAGCAGCAGCAGCGGGCGGCUCACGCCAUCGCGCUCGCAGAUUGUACGGACUCCGUCGCUGGGCCGCGAGGGCAGCGGGGGAGGGAGGACCGCCGUGUCCGAGGAACUGCGCUGCUGGUACCAGCGCUCCAGUGGCUCCAUCAAGGAGUCCAGUGGACGCAGCAGUCGGGUCGGAACGCUGGCCAAGGGCUCGCCAGCGGCCUCCCCACAUAGCCAGCGGAGUGGAACUCCAUCCAGUGAGCUGGCAGCAACACCCCCCAUCAGUCCACAGCAUAUUCUGAACUGGCAGAGCGGAUCUCUCAAAGACAGCUGUUUCCUGAACGGCUCCCUGUAUUCUGAGCUGGUGGACGUGCAGUGGUAUGGACAUGAGAAGGCCAAGCCUGGAACCCUCGUUUGACCCCCCUUCUCCUCCGGUCAUCCAUCCCUCCAUCUCUUGAUCUCUCUCGUUCUCCCCCCCUCCUCCAUCCAUUACUGCCCAUCGUACACAUCCUCUAGGCAGGCCUGAGCCAUAUGGGCAGACCCCUCAGCCACCCUCUACCAAGACCCACACACACACACACCCACACACACACACACACAACACACACACACACACACACAGCACCUCUCACGCUCAGUGUGUGUGUCUGUUUAGAGGGACAGUGCUGGACUAAGAGAGUUCACAUCAGACAGAGGAACUGAAUCUGUGGAAAAAAAAGUCUGAAUCUGAACUGAAUCUGAAUCUGAACUGAAGUGACUCCCGAACACUUUGAAACCCUCAGUCCCUCGUGCCAUCAGACUCGUCUUCACCUUUGAACUUUAAACCCAGAGAGUGGCAGACCAACAGCACAUAGAUCGCCCACAGCUGUAGCCAACCCACUGUCCACUGGACAGACGUAUGUUGGUGUAUGUGGCUGGUCUGAUGCCGUGUUUGCGUGUGUGUGUUUGUGUGUGUGUGUGUGUGUGAAAAGAGUUGGUAUUAGACAAACACACAUAUCACAUUGGCUCAUUUCAACACCAUCUGCGUUUGGAAAAGGGAGAAAUGGAAACUGGUCUCCCACGCACACAUACACACAAACUAACACACACACACACACACACAUGCUCAAUCUAAGAAACUGUAUUGUACUCCAAGCCACCCUUUACCCGAACACCCCCACACAGGCACACACACACACACACCUCAGUGACUGCAUAUCCCUGAUCUUGACAAAGUGGUGAGGUGUGAUGUGUGUCCCUGACCGCCAUGCUCUCCACUGAAGGCCCCUGUGUUCCACUGCCCCUGUGUUCCACUGCCCCGACUUGGACACUAGGACUCACUCAGCCUCCAUCUGUGGAAUUAGAGUUCUGCUCUUUUGUUUAUUUUUGUUUGUUUGUUUGUUUCAUUCUGUAUUGUUUUGUAAAAAGAUUUUUAAAAGAAGUUAUAUAAAUCUCUCUCUCUCUAUAUAUAUAUAUCACUGGAGACAAACUCCUUUCCUCAUCCUCCCUCUCCUGCCCUCUUUUAUGGAUCAUACACUCACCCUCUCUUCACCAGCUGUGGAUAGUCCUGAAAACAACAACAACCUUCCCACCCCUAUCUCACCCGCAACCAAAGAGCAGCAGACUCCCCACCUCCUCCUCCACCUACACCACACACCCAGGCUAACCAGGCACCGUGGAAGUUCCCAGAACUCCCUGGGUGUGAACCCUGACCGGCGGCCCAGCCAGACUCGUUGGCCGGACAGACCGCUGGAGCCCUGGGCCACUAGACCAGCCUUUGCUGGCCUCCUGAAGCUCAGCUGAUAUCGGGGCCCCCCCC